GUACACGAGCGAAAGCACGUGUGUGGAUAAAUGAACGAUUGAAUGAAAGCACUUGCGAUGAGUACACGUGAAUGAAUGACGGCAUGUUUCUGAGCACACGAAUGAAUAAAGUGCCGGGUGCACGCGUGAAUGAAUGAAAUCGCGUCUGAGUAGACGGGAAUGAAUGAGGGGACGUGAGUAGACAUGCUUGUGAAUGAUAUCGCGUGCGAGUGAAUGAGAACACGAAUGAAUGACCACGUGCUCACACUCGCCGCUCGGGCUGCAGGGGAGGUUUUGCGCGUGCGCGUGGCCGCGUGUGGAGGGAGAGAUGCGUGACCUCUACGCAUCGUCAUCAUCAUCAUCCACCACAUCGUCAUCCACCAUCACAUCAUCAUCAUCCACAACAUCAUCAUCAUCAUCCACCAUCACAUCAUCUUCAUCAUCAUCCACUACAUCAUCGUCAUCAUCCGCCUCGUCUUUCUCAUACACAGCAUCAUCAGCAUCAUCAUCCGCAUCAUUCUCAUUCAUCUCAUCCACCUCGUUCUCCACCACAUCAUCCUCCCAUUCCUCCUCGUCGUCGGCAGCUGCCGCCGCAGCCGCCCACCCUGGUGCCGGAGCCCCCCGCCCCGGUCCCGCACAGACGCACGAGGUGUGUGGAGGGAGACAGACGCACGAGCUCCGGCCCCAUGAGCAGCAGGAGACUGCUUCCCACGGUCCCCGCGGGACCCGCGGGACCUGCGGAGACCAGCAGUGAGCUCGCGGUGGUGGUCGCUGCCCCAAUGUGCUACGAUGACUCGAGUCGCCGCUGGGUUCCGUGUGCUGGUGGGGGAGCGGGGGAAUCCGGUCCCGCAUUCAUCCACCUCCUCCAAGAGCGCACCUCCAUCCGCGUGUGGGGGCAGCGUGUAUACGACCAGCAGACGGUGCUGGAGUGCCACCUGACGCAGGGCACGCGCUUCCACCGCGCCACCCCCACCUUCCUGCAGUGGCGCAGCGAGGGCCGCGUGUUCGGCCUGAGCUUCACGAGCGAGGACGACGCCAACCUCUUCAUCAACGCCAUGACGUGGGGGGCCGAGGCGCUCUCGGUGGGGGGCGCGGGAGGAGGAAGACCUCCACAAAGCCCGGAUCGUGAUGAGGCCGAGUCGGGCGGCGACAGCUUGUACGAGUCCCUAGACUCGUACCAGGACCUGGACAAGAGUUUCCACGGACGAAACGGGGCCUCCACUUUGGCCCACACUGCGGCCCCCGUGUGUGGAACGGGACCCCAGGGUGCCCAGCCUGGGGGGGCCCAGCCUGGGGGGGCCCAGGCUGGGGGGGGGGCCCCGCCACCCCCGCCCCCUCCCCCACCGCCGCCCCCCGCAGGAGGAAGCGCGGCCCCAAGGCCCCCUGCGUUCGGGGCCUCGAUCACAGGGGUCCAACUCAAGAAAGUCCAGCCGACUGAGGAGUCGGGGCCUGGAGGAGGAGGGGGCAGCCGGGGUCCCCCAGGAGGAGGAGGAGGCUCUGGGGGGGGCCUAAUGGAUGAGAUGAGUGCCAUGCUGGCCCGGAGGAAAAAGACCUCUCAGGGGGUUCUCUCGGCAGCGACGGGGACCCCCGGGACCCCAGGGACCCCAGGGACCCCAAACCCAGCACCGGGACCCGAGGAGGCUCCGGCUGCGAUCGCUGGUCCCAAGAAAGACACGAGGCCUCUCGAGAGCCCCAAGAAGGCGCCUUGGGCCAGCGGGAAGCCGCUCAGUCGAUCGCAGUCCAAGCUGGAGAUGGGCCGUGAGGCCACGGGGAAGGAACCCGGUCCCUCCCUCAAUACCUCCAGCAGCCUGAGCAGGCUGGAGAUGAGCCGCGGGGCCGAGAAGAAGCAGCCGGACGCUGCGCUCAACUCCUUGCGCAGCCUGAGCAGGACCAAGUCGUGUGUCGGGUCUCUGACGCUGCACGCUGUGCCGGAUGGCGGCCCCUCGCAGAACCUCAAAGAGGAGAUCCUGGCCGGCGUGCGGCAGGAGCUGCACAAGGUGAAGGAGGAGAUCCUGGCCGCCGUGCGCCAGGAGCUCACGCGGUUUAGCAAAGCCUAGCGGUGGCAGCAGCAAUAGCCGAGGAUUGGGGCCGGGCCCCCCCCCCCCAGGCACCACCAGCCACGGACCACGACGUUUGCAACCGCACUUCCCCCGCCCUUGCCGAGCACUGCGUGUGAAGUCGGGGACCCACGAUGGACGCGGUCACACUGUGUUUGAGUUGACUCGCACACUCACGGUUGCACUCAUUCACUCGCUCACAAUCGCACGCCUCCCAACUCGCUUAGACGCCUUGCUGUUGACUGUUCGGGUGUUAUGACGUGAGAUGCAAUGAACGCGUCAUUAGCGCCUCGUCUUCCCUGGCCCUGCUUGGCCCCCAGCCAGAUUCAGACGUUUUCUUGCGAGGCCAGCAGUAGCACUGUUUGGUUUCUGGCUCGGCACGGCAAAUAGCCGCUGGAAAACCACCCAUACCAUAACGGGCCCCGCGCUGGCUCUGCUCAGAUUUGGCAGUGGAAAAGGGUGUACGGUACGUCAUGUCCAUGACCAUUGGGAACUGUUGUCUGUGGCCCAGUAUUGGCCCAGGGCCUGGGUCCUCAUCCCCACGCUAUAUAGACUCGCUUCCUCUCGCUCCAUCCCACACCUCCUCGUCCUCGCCAUUCUCCGUGGCUUCAUGCAAGGGUCAGGGUUUUAGUCCGGCCACGGCUGGAAUUGGUUGUUGGCCUGCCCGUGUGGUACGCAGGUCCACAAUAUAUAUAAAAAAAUGUAAUGUAAAAUAAGUUACGACGAAAAAUACAACUAAGCACGGAGCUGUGCGCAGUCAGUAUUUCGAUUCAUAAUUGCGUUUUGGUUCAGGCUCCGUAAAAUGUGUCGCAAGACCCUCUACUGCUUGACGCAGCCAAACAAAAUCGGUUGUUGCAUACACGCGUUUGACGAUGCCAGUUGUUUUCAGCUCACUCAACGGAUAAAGUUGGAGAACGAUUCCCGCAAUCAACAUUUAUCCAUUAGACUUCCUGGAUGUUACUUUGACUUCAUGGACCUUGUCCUGAUGAUGCUCUUCGCCGUUUCAAGCGGUACGUUUCGAACGGAACGUCGCGGCAUAUCUAAUCGCUGAAUCUGGUUGUGAUAAUUGCUCACUAACUUCACCGGUGAGCAAAACAAUUAUAAUUGGCGUGUCGUUAAACGCUCAUACGCGUGACAAUUUCACUGUUGGGUGGGUGGGUCUUACAGCAGAAAUGUAACCGGAUUGUUACGUGGCCUAACCCAAAUAUCAAUUAUAAAUAAUAAAUAUAUAGAACUUUAUUGAUAUUGUCAUUUUAAUAUGGGGACAAUAUAUAUAACAAAAAUACUACCCUUUAUUAAAUGGGUGGCAGGGUGGUGAAGCGAUAACGCUGCUUUCCAGUCGUGGUGGUUGAAACGGGGCCGUGGGAGUUUCGCUUCUGACACACCUCAGCCCGCACCCUCCUGCUUGCACAGCCCAUUAUACCCCAGCCUAAACACACUUGUCCAUCAAUCCUAGCCCAUCAACCCUAGCCCAUACAUCCUAGACCAUCAACCCCAACCCAUCACCUGGGCUCGAUUAACGCAGGGGCUGAACGUGCUGCAGCCUGGGUCCUAGGAAUGAUAAGUCCCCCUUUAUUGUGAAAUGUGUAUUAAUUUAUCAUGGUUACAACGCAAUACUGGAGCACUAUGACACGUCCUGCGGGUAGUUUGGGAGUAAAAGCCAUCGCAUCGCUGUGUGUAUUACUAGCAGCCUUGUACCGAAAUUAAAAUAGUUCUUUUUAACUUUGAUUGAGCCUUUAAAUCUUGCAUCGCGUUUAAAAAAAAGACAAGAGCUGAAAUUGCCAAACAAUCGAUCAUUUGGCUUCAUUGGGCAAGGGUGGUGGUGAAAUGGUCAAGGGAAGGAAUUAAAUAUACAAAGAGGACCCCCCCCACCAAAGUAUACCCAUCCUGGGCCUUCCUCAAAUGUUAUGUAUCUCUGCCCAUUCCAUUGAGCCCACCACUGCUACAUCAGCUCUCGCCACUCCAUUAUUAGGCUCGCCCAUUGCUGUCAACCCAGUCCAUCGCUGUUUUCGAAGCCCAUACAUCCUAUCCCAUUGCACCUCGUCCAUCAUCCAUUAACCAUAAUUCAGUGUUCUUCAUUGCAAGGCCCGCAGGCCACUGGCGGCCCCCGGUGGCCUUUAGUGCGGCCUCUGACGUGCGGCCCCCCGACAAGACACACAGAGUGACAACAUCCCCCAUCAUCAUCGUCGUGAUGCUGUCAAACCCCCCUAAGGUUUCAAAUGUGUGGCGGCCCUCACACUGACGAUGUCUUAUCGGCAAAAGUGGCCCCCCUCUGAAAAUUGGUGAAGAACACUGCCAUGAUCAAUCUCCCCUGCCCAGCCUGUCACCUCCAUGACAUGCAACAAUCGCCUCCACACCCUGGAUAAGAUGUGCACCCUAUGCGGACAUGUGUGGAGACAAGUAUGUGCGUGUGUAUAGGUAUAUAUACACACACACAGGUUUGUGCACUGAUGUGUGUGUAUAUAUAGGUGUGUGUACAGGUGUGCUGGGGC